CCACCGUCUUUGAAAGAGCCUCACCCAACUCAGGAAGAUAUUCUGCUGUUUCUUGAUCGAGUUGAGGCUAUUCUCUAGCUGCUGAGGCAGUUAUUACGCUUCCAAACUAGCAGACCUCGCUUGUUGCCAAUCACUUGCCUGCCUCAGCAUAUGUCCGUUACCUAGUUGCCUAGCUGAUUGUACAAGCAGGAUUCUAGUGGGACAAAUGCCUACCUAUAUGAUAGCCGCGAAAGGGUCGAUGUACCAAGAGCACAACGAGCCAUGCAAAAUUUGUCAUCAGGGCUCGUCGAAGCUUCAACCAGAACAGUGUCUAAUUGAUCGUACUCAUUGCAGUCAAGUCGUCGGCUACAAAUUUGCCAUCCUCGGAGCCUCUGUGUUCCGAUAUGCAUCCCUUUACACCUGACACCUACUAUGUCAAUGGCAAAUUCAGGUACAAAAUGGCCUUUUGGGCUUAUCUGCGACUGCACGACGUGCAUCAUCGCAUCUGUUUUAUGCUGUUUUAUUCUGUCUCCAAAGGUCACAUCGCGCAGGUGCCGAUCUCGUACUUGGUUGUUGCAACCGCGUACUUCGUUACUGGAGUUCAAGGCAAGCUAUACUGAUAUAGGGGACAAUGUCGAUGUAUGUACUUGUUUUCAGCAUUCCACGGCAACUUGUGCGUCGCCAUGCCGACGAAGGGAAUGGAAUUAGAUAAGCUGUGACAUCGACAUUGCCUUUGUUUGCACAUUCGAUGCCAUCAGAUGGUUGUUAAGUAUAGUGUGCAACUGCUUACGGGACCCGCAUACGCUCCAUCCACUCCUUCACGUUUGGCAAUCGAUCCUUUGUUCUGUACUCCAUCACCUCAGCAAAAUAUAAACACAUUCUUUACCUGCCUAAUUUCUCAAGACACUUUUCCGGUCUUAGACCAAUUUUUCUGUCUUCGCUCGCGAGAGCUUGUACUUGUCAGAUCUACCAUCGUGUUCUCAGAAUGGACGCGUGCAAGUGACGGGAGCAUCAACUUUCACAACCUCAAAGUUCACUGAAGUCGCCCAAUACUUGACGCC